AUGGAGUUGUUAGAUCAUCUAGGUAUCAACUAUAAUGGAGGUGAACACCAAAUAUCUCUUAAAAAUUGGAUCCAGGGAGUUGUUAGUCUUUUGCUUUUAUUUUUGUUUAUUCUAUCAUAUCAAGCAGUUGCCGUUUUUGCAACCUGUUUAGCUUCGGUUUUCCCAGAUACGGCAAGUUUGAUUCGAAACAGGUUUGGAAAUAGAUUCUGGGACUUGGGUCUUUGUUUGAUGGUUUGUAUUUUCAAGAUUUUGGGAGACGAGAUGAACCCAUACCCAGCAGUGGUAAUUAGUAACCACGCUUCGCUUGCAGACUGCUUUGUAAUGCAUCAUCUUUCACGCAUAUCUACUGCACAGGAUGGAGACUCAUUCGUCGGUUAUCACAACCAGAGCUUGAACUUGCCAAUUGUGAACUUCUUUUCAUGGUUCUUGGUAUGGAGAGUGCCAACAAUCAAAAUACUACUCAACCUCCUCAAAAGUGAUGAGAACUGGGAACUUGAAGAGAAAUCAAUCUUGUUUGUGUUUGCUAGGCUUUUAAGAAGCAAAUUCUCAGAAUGGAUCAUGCUAUUCCCAGAAGUCAAUAUUUGGACACAAGAGAGCUUUGAUUUACAAAGACAAAUUGGUGAAAAAUAUUGCUUGCCGAGAUUAGAACACUUGUUGUAUCCGAGAUACUCGGCCUUUUAUAACGUGAUAACUGCAUUGCAAAGGUAUAAACCGCACCCAUACUCGAAUUUGUACGAUCUCACUAUCCUAUAUUCCCGUGAAACAAUUGAUGGAAAAGUCGACUACACACCGCCAACUUUGCUCCAAGUGUUUUCCUCAGAAACACCAAUUACCAUAUUAGUCUAUAUAAAAGUAAGAUCAAUUGCUAGGAUUCCGCAAAAGAGAAAGAAGUUGGAAAGAUACUUGGAGCACCUUUGGAAGCAUAAGGAUAAAAUAAUUACUCAAAUAAAAAACGAAAAUACCUUGUACCACACACGUCGCUUGGAUGAAAGUUUUGCAUCUUCAUUAGUCGCCAACACCUCUAGAAGUUCAGCCCGCUGA